AUGCCUUUCCAUGUGGAGGGGCUGGUAGCUAUAAUUGUAUUCUAUCUGGCAAUCCUGUUUGUUGGAAUAUGGGCUGCCUGGAAAACCAAAAACAGUGGCAGCGAUGGAGAUCGCAGAGAAGCUAUCAUAGUCGGUGGACGAGAUAUAGGCUUGCUAGUUGGUGGAUUUACGAUGACCGCCACCUGGGUUGGAGGAGGCUAUAUCAACGGGACAGCAGAAGCUGUGUAUGUCCCAGGCUACGGGCUGGCUUGGGCUCAGGCACCCAUUGGCUAUUCCCUUAGUCUGGUUUUAGGUGGUCUAUUUUUUGCAAAACCCAUGCGUUCCAAAGGCUAUGUGACAAUGUUAGACCCGUUUCAACAGCUUUAUGGAAAAAGAAUGGGAGGGCUGCUGUUUAUACCCGCUCUAAUGGGAGAGAUGUUUUGGGCCGCAGCCAUCUUCUCUGCAUUAGGUGCCACCAUAAGUGUGAUCAUUGAUAUUGAUGUCAAUAUUUCAGUGAUUGUUUCUGCCCUGAUUGCAAUUAUGUACACUCUGGUGGGUGGACUCUACUCAGUGGCCUACACUGAUGUGGUUCAGCUCUUCUGCAUCUUCCUGGGGCUGUGGAUCAGUGUUCCUUUUGCAAUGUCACAUCCUGCAGUUAAAAACAUUGGAUUCACAGCUGCGCAGAAAGAGUCUUGGCUUGGAUCCAUUGAAUCACUUGAUGUCUACUCAUGGCUUGACAAUUUCUUUUUACUGAUGUUGGGAGGAAUCCCAUGGCAAGCAUAUUUUCAGCGAGUUCUUUCUUCUUCGUCUGCCACAUAUGCUCAAGUAUUAUCCUUUCUGGCUGCUUUUGGCUGUCUUGUGAUGGCCCUUCCUGCGAUACUCAUUGGUGCAAUAGGAGCAUCAACAGAUUGGAACAAGACUAUGUAUGGUUUACCAGACCCCACAGAGAGGCAAGAAGCAGAUAUGAUUUUACCAAUUGUGCUUCAAUAUCUUUGUCCUGUCUAUAUUUCUUUCUUUGGCCUUGGUGCAGUAUCUGCUGCUGUAAUGUCAUCAGCUGACUCUUCAAUCUUAUCAGCGAGUUCUAUGUUUGCUCGAAACAUUUACCAACUUUCAUUUCGACAAAAUGCUUCAGACAGAGAAAUAAUUUGGGUCAUGCGAAUCACUAUUUUUGUCUUUGGAGCAGCAGCAACAGCAAUGGCACUGCUAGCUAAGUCAGUUUAUGGACUCUGGUAUCUCAGUUCUGAUCUUGUUUACAUCAUCAUCUUCCCUCAACUCUUAUGUGUGUUAUUUAUCAAAGGAACCAACACUUAUGGUGCCAUUGCAGGAUAUUUGUUUGGCCUCCUUCUCAGAAUUACUGGAGGAGAACCAUACCUCUACCUUCAGCCCUUGAUCUUCUAUCCUGGUUACUACGCAGAUAAAAAUCAUAUAUACAUCCAACGCUUCCCAUUUAAAGCACUUGCUAUGCUUACCUCCUUCUUCACUAAUAUUGCAGUCUCCUACCUAGCAAAAUAUUUAUUUGAAAGCGGUUCUUUGCCACCAAAAUUAGACUUCCUUGAUGCUGUUGUUGCGAGGUACAGUCAAGAAAACAUGGACAAAACAACUCUUGUAAAAAGUGACAAUAUUAUAUUAAAUGAACUUGCACCUGUGAACCCUCGGCGCAGUCUGACUCUGAACUCAACUUUCACAAAUAAGGAGGCCUUCAGUGACAUUGAUUCAAGUCCAGAGCUAUCCAAUGCUGAAGAUAACUUGGUGACCAACACAAAAUGA